CACACGCUCUCUCCUCAUCAGACAAACGGAGAGACGGCAGUGUGUACAGGGGGCUGCUCAGAGUGUGCGCAUGUGGCGGGGCAGAGCUGUAGAGGCUGGCGGGACAGGACAGACUCUGUGUGUCAGAGAAGUGCAGAAGGAGGAAGAGCUCGAUCACCUCUCCAUGCGCUUUCAGUAAUGCGCAACAGAAAAGGGACACAAACACGUUAGUAAAAAAAAAAAAACUUCCUUUUUCAUUUUCUUUUUUUUUAUUCUUAGUUUCUUUUCAUCUAUAUCUGAGCGCGCUUACCGUGCCUUGUUAGCUCUCAGUGGCAGAGGACGGGACGGGAUUCCCUGGAUGCGGGACGAUGGAUUAACAUCCCUGUGUGGAUCCCACCAUCUCGUUUAUUCCUCCUCCUCUGAGUCCUCUUAUCUCGGGAUUAUUUCGCCUGUCGGACCUUCAUUCUUUGCCUCUCAAGAUGAGUGAGGAUCAUGUUCUGCGGUGCGUCCUGAUGCUCUGCUGCGCGCUCCUCUCCGCCAGCGCCAGCAACUGGCUGUACCUGGCCAAGCUGUCAUCAGUGGGGAGCAUCAGGGAUGAGGAAACAUGCGAAAGGUUACGAGGCCUCAUCCAACGUCAGGUACAGAUCUGUAAACGCAGUGUGGAGGUGAUGGAUGCAGUUCGUCAUGGAGCGCAGUUGGCUAUAGAUGAGUGUCAGUUCCAGUUUCGCAAUCGUCGAUGGAACUGCUCCACUCUGGAAACCAUGCCCGUGUUCGGCAAAGUAGUGACCCAAGGCACCCGUGAGGCGGCCUUUGUGUAUGCCAUCUCAGCAGCCAGUGUGGCAUUUGCGGUCACAAGGGCCUGCAGCAGCGGAGAGCUGGAAAAAUGUGGCUGUGACCACAAUGUACAUGGAGUCAGUCCAGAGGGUUUCCAGUGGUCAGGCUGCAGUGACAACAUUGCAUAUGGAGUGGCCUUCUCUCAGUCUUUUGUGGAUGUGAGAGAGAGGGGUAAAGGCCAGUCCUCCAGUCGCGCUCUUAUGAAUCUACACAACAAUGAAGCUGGGAGAAAGGCCAUCCUGUCCAACAUGCGAGUGGAAUGCAAAUGCCACGGUGUUUCAGGUUCCUGUGAGGUGAAGACCUGCUGGAAAGCAAUGCCACCAUUCCGCAAGGUGGGCAACAUCAUCAAGGAAAGGUUUGACGGCGCCACAGAGGUGGAGCAGCGCAAGGUGGGCUCUACUAAAGUCCUGGUGCCGCGCAAUUCCCAGUUCAAACCUCACACGGAUGAAGAUCUGGUAUACCUGGAACCCAGUCCAGAUUUCUGUGACUAUGAUCCACGUACGCCAGGGAUGCUGGGCACGGUGGGACGCCAGUGUAACAGAACGUCGAAGGCCAUUGACGGCUGUGAGCUGAUGUGCUGCGGCCGCGGCUUCCAGACACAGGAAGUGGAGGUGGUGGACAGGUGUAGUUGUAAGUUCCACUGGUGCUGUUAUGUGAAAUGCAAACAGUGUCGCAAAAUGAUGGAGAUUCAUACUUGCCGGUGAUGCAAGACGGGCAGAGGGCACUGCUGAUGGACACAGAACAAAUGCCCCAUACUCCUCCAUAGUGACGGGCCAGAGGGAGCAAGAAACUUUCUCUUCUCCUCCUUUAAAACCAUCCCACCCUCCUACAGCAGAGAAUGAGACUGUCAGGUCAACCAUCAUUAUACCAACAUGUUCUGCUGUAGUAAUGGCUACUUCCAGCAAAGCAACAAAGUCUGUUUUUCAAAAGAAUUUCUUUUCACUUCCUGUCUCCCUCAUGCUCACUUUUGGUUUGUCCCUGAUGCCUUUUUAUUUUUAUAUUGUUUAACUUAUUUGCUGAGACUGAUUGAUUGACAGAGGGCGGACACAGAAGGAGACAAGUUGGGACCAUAUGUGACAAAUAUCCUCAUAUUCAACUGGGCUGUUGAAGGUGGAGUUGGGUGGAGUCAGAAGAAGGAUCGCCUGCCCGCUGUGCUUGAUGCUGCUGCUGCUUCCAGGACUCAUCUGGUGAGCUGGAUGUCAUAAAAGGGAGUCGGCGAGUCUGUCAGAAGACGCACUCAGACAACACAGAGGAACAUAGACAUGGAUCUUCUGUGGUUUCCUCAGUGUGCGGUGGUAAACUUCAGCUUGCUAUGAUCAUUAACUUUGCUGUCUGAAUUGCCCUAACAUAGACAUGCCCACUGGGUGCUUCCUCCUACAAAGACAAUGAUGAUUAUAAGGAUGAGGAUGAAGAUGAUGAUGAUGAUGAUGAUGAUGGAGAGGAAAAAGCCACUUUUGUCUCCUUGUGGUCUGUUUCUUAGCAAUGGCAGGUGAUGGGAUCCCACAAAUCUAGUAUACAUACACAGGCAGGGUGUAAUGAUACAGCAGGCCACGACAUCUUGAGAUAACACAAUAAUAUUUCUUAUCUGAGUAAAGUCUGUGUAACCCUAACCCUAACCCUAACCCUAACCUGUACCAAUGUUUUACAAUCUUAUUUUGAAGUAAGACAGGAAAAGCUUCUUGAGCAUUGUUUUGUUGACAGGGUUGAAAAGACUUGUGAGUUUGGUGGCCCACAACACUGUUACAAAAGAAAGCCUGUUUUAAAUCUUUUCACUGGCAACUUUUCAGGUGUGUGAAAGAGACAGAGAAGCAGACAAGAUGCGAAUGAUUUAUCAGCAGUGAAACCCUUGUGACUGGCUAACAUUAACGUCCCUACAGUUGGCAUCUGCUUCCAAGAUUUCUAUAAGCGUAAAACUAAAGCUGGGUUCACACUUUUCAAUGUCAGAAGAAAAUCUCUGGCUGUGAGCUUGAAAACGUGGUCUCUGGUUGUGCAGAUUUAGCACUUUCCCUACCAAAGACAACCGGCAACAAAUAUUAAGUAGUGUCAGAAAUUUUCAAGGAUAAUUGUGUUUCUAUAAAAAUUGACCGCGGCUCCAUCCAACAUCUGAUUCUUGUCCUCUUUUGCACAACCAUGAGAGCUACAGCAGCCGUCUCCUUUUGCUCUUCUUCUUUUCAGAGCCAGACUAAUAAGAAGAUAAAAACCCCUAUCUUGCUGUUCAGUCAGUGUUGAAUAGUCUGACUGCCACAAAAAAUGGGGAUUCAUAGUUUUCUUUAAAAUGAGUAAAAAUGUUUCAUUCCUGCAAACCAAAUAUUGUGCAUCGUCUUGUCUCCUGACCCGGCUGUAUCAUUACACCCCUUAUACACAGCAAACUAUGCCCUAAAGUUACUACAAUACAUUUAUAAUGAUUUAUUAUUAUUUCAAAAUAUCCUAUUGUGCUCUUUCAGAGUGAUGUUGAUGUUAGUCGCCAUCUGUCAGAUGUUAGGUUUGCUUCAUACAAACAUGAGUAACAUGCAUGUACCAGCCAACUCGCCAAAGACAAACACAUGUAGUCACACACAAUGGGGUCUCCCAGAGUUUGUCAUGCAUGAUGACUGAAGCACUUUCUCUCCAAGCGCACAUAGAACCCUCGGCACACAGCAACAAGCAUCCAACCGCAGAUUCAUCUAUCGCGCUCACACUGAUACACACACACACACACACACACACAAAGUUAUCAAUGCCACUGUCAGGACUUCCUGUGCGACCACCAUAAAGCCAAGCUUCCCUAUAACGUAUUCUGAUUAUAAAGACAAACUGUCAAUCUGUAAAGACACUGAAGAAGACCAUACUGCCUAUGAAUGUAUGCUGAUGAUGAACUAUGAUGUUUUAAAGUUCAGUGUUGUCAUUUUUUUAAUAAAACAAAGACUAUAUGGUA